AUGCACCUGCCCCGCUGGGAGUCACAGGUGGGCCCCUGGGGAGCGACCCCUCUCCGAGCUCCGCUCCGGCCAAGCUCUCCCUCUGGGGGAAGGCCCCCCCUCUGCGCCCACCCGUCAAGGUGGAUUCUCUACCUCCUGCUCGCCAACUGGUGCCGGCGACAACUCCAGGCGGAGCUGAAGAUGCGCUUUGGGCUCUUCUCGAUCCGGGCGCUGAGCCUGAAGUUCCAGGAGGAGCAGCAGACGACUGUGGAGAUUGAUAGCGUCUUCCUGUCUAGCAAGCUUUUCAGCCAAAAUCUGCCGCGUUACCUGGCGCUGUGCUUCGGUGAGGUGCGCGUCCGUCUCGACCUGCAGAAGGCGCCGGGGCUCCAGCGGCUGAGGCCCGAAUUUCCAGCCGGGGAGGAAGGCAAGCCGGAGAAGGCCCUCUCCCUCGGGUCUUCCUUGCUGCGUCUGCUUAGCCAGCUUUGCUCCCUGCACGUGGACUCCGUCAACGUCAUGGUCCUGCACGCGGCCGCUUCCGACUCCCUGUGGCACGUCCAGGUCUCGAGGGGCCGGAUCCUGCUGGAUGGCGACGGCAGAAGCUCGGCCUGCGAGGUGACCUUGGGCCACGUCAACGGCAAAAUCCUCAAGAGCAGCCGCCAGGACGACGCCUGCCUGGCCGAGCUCUCCCUGGCGCUCACCGUCUCUUUCGAUCUCAGCACCAGCAAGCGGGAGCUGCUCGGCGUGGGCCUCGGGGUGCGGAGCCUGCACGCCGAGCUCCACGAGGGCCUGUUUCACAGCGAGCUCCUGAAACGCGUCAGAGGCCCCGGCGGAGGCCGAGAGACAACAGAUCCAGCAAAGUCCUCCGAACCGCCACCCCCUCGGCUGAGACCGGCCGGCCUCCGACACGUCCCCCCAGGAGUGAAGGUGGAGCUGGAGAACACCAGCCUGGUUCUCUCCAUGAACAGCCAGAAGAGGCACCUCACCUGGACUUUGAAGCGGCUGCAGUUUGAGUACCAGUCUGACAGGGACCAGAUCCCGCUGCGCAGCUUCACCCCGACCUGUGACCUGCCCCAGAUGAGCAUGGAACUGGCGCUGGAAGACGGCCUCUUGCUCUCCCAAAGCCGCCAACGGAUCGUGUGCCUGAGCUCCCUCAAGGCCAACGUGCAGGUCAUGGCCAUCGACGUCUCGGUGGCCGUCGUCCUCAGCACCUGCAUCGUCCACUACCGACACCAGGAGUUCUCCCAGUGGCUGAGCCUCCUGGCCUCGGGCCAGCAAGCGGUGGGGUUGCCGGCCCCUGCCAGGGACAGAGAGAAGAGGAUGCCACAGAUCCUGGCCACGGUCAUCCUCAGCGUCUCGGUCUCCAACGUCAAUGUCUCGGUCCAGCUGGGGGAUACACCCCCCUUUGCCUUGGGCGUCAACUCCGUCUCGGUCGAUUACCAGCACCUGCGUCCCCAGAGCGUCCACCAGCGGGCCGUCCUGUCCCUGGACCACCUCUGCUGGCGCGUGGGCCCCGACUCGCACAUCCUGCAGGCCCCCCACCCGCCCAACACUCACGUCUGGGGGGAGGCCCUCAUCCUGGACACCUUCAGCCUCCAGGGCAGCUACAACCAGUCGGUGGCCCCAUCCAGCUCCCACGCGGACACCCUCUUCCUGGACGUCACCCUCCGGGGCCUGCAGGCGGAGUCGUCGGAAACCUGCGCCGAGUGCCUCUCCCGGGUGCUGACGCUGCUGGUUUUCCGCCCGGGGCCCAAGGGAGCUGUCCCAGUGCCCUUGGACGAGGAGCGGCCGCUUCCCCGGGGGGACGAACCCGGCAUCCUCUGGAAGGUCGACCUGAAGGUGGAGGACGCCAAUCUGUUCACCCUCUCUGCCCUGGCAGGGGCUGCGGAGCUGCGGGUGGACACCCUGACCAUGCUGGGCAGCGCCGAGAGCUCCACCAUCAGCAUCCAGGGGGUGGCCCUCGCCCUGGUCCAGAGCAUCACGGAGAAGAUGCAGCCGUGCUGCAAGGCCCCGGCCAUCCCCAGCCCGGUGGCCGACCUUUCCACCUUCUCGCUCACCUACAGCAGCAGCAUCCGCUCCCUGGAGGUUCAGUGCGGGGAAAACCUGAGCGUCCUCUGGAGCCCCUCCCACCACAUGUGCCUCUUCCACCACCUCCUGGCCACCUUCCGGUGUUACGAGAAGUUGCGAAGCGUGUUGUUGCCGCCAGCCGACAGUGUCUCCCCCGCCCCCGGAGACGCAGACCCCGAGAACCGGGCUUCCGCCACAGACAAUGGGCCCCCGGGAGGUGACGCCGGCCCUCCGAGGCGGCUUCUCAGCCUGACGCUGGAGCUGAGCGCCCUCAAAGUCACGGCCUUUGUCUCGGAGAGCCGGUACUUGAGCCUGGUGGCCGAGCGGGUGUCCCUCAGCCGCCACGCCGCCUCUCUCCAAGCCUACUGCCCGGGGCUGGUGGCCGGCUUUGACGGCAACAGCAUUUUUGUCUUCAAGGAGGUGGAGUUCCAAGCCCUGCCCGAACUGGAGGAGAUGAUCCUGCACCGGGGGCCGUUCCCUUCGCUGGGGACCUUGCGGAACCGCGUCUGGGCCCUCUCGUGCGCCAGCGUGGCCGUGGAGUUCCCUUACCAGUACGACUUCUCGGCCACGCUGGACGAAGCCCUGGGGGUGCAGAAGUGGCUGAAGGGGCUCCACGGAGGCGGGGGACACGUUCCCGGGGCCGGCCGCCCCGCCCUCCCCCCGGACCUGCUCCUCCGCGUCGAGCACUUCUCCUGGGUCUUCCUGGACGACGUCUUUGAGGUCAAGCUGCGGGACAACUACGAGCUGAUGAAGGACGAGAGCCAGGAGAGCACCAAGCGGCUGCAGCUGCUGGACGCCAAGGUGGCCGCCCUGCGCAAGCAGCACGGGGAGCUGCUGCCGGCCCGCAAGAUCGAGGAGCUCUACGCCUCCCUGGAGAAGAGGAACAUCGAGAUCUACAUCCAGCGCUCGCACCGCCUCUACGCCAACACCCCCAUGCGCAAGGCCCUCCUCACCUGGACCGUGGGCGGCCUGGAGCUGGCGGCCCUGGCCGACGAGGCCUUCCACGGGGCUGAGAGGGUGGCCCAGCAGAUCCGGGAGCUGGACGCCGCCAGCCCCUUCCCGCCCGAAGGCCUGGACCUCAUCACCCACUGGUGCCGGAUGGUGAAAGGCAGCGCCAAGACCUUCUUCGUGCGGAUCCGGCGGCGGCAGGUGCUGAGACUCGGGGCGCCCUGGGGGGACGCGGCCGUGGAGAGGAACCUGCUGCCUCUGAAAUUCUACCAUGACUUCCACUCCGAGGUCUACCAGUACACCAUCGUCUGGGGGCCGUGCUGGGACCCCGCCUGGACCCUGAUCGGCCAGGCCGUCGACCUCCUGACCAAGCCCUCGGAGGACCCCAGCCCGCCCCUGCCGUGGUGGGACAAGAGCCGGCUGCUCCUCCACGGCAGCUGGCACAUGGCCAUCGAGCAGGCCAACCUCCACCAGGUGGCCACCGAGGAUCCGUACAACACGACGGAGAACCUGCACUGGGAGUGGAGCCGCCUCGACUUCCACUGGCGGCCCGGCCAGUUUGUCUUCAAGGGGGACCUGGACGUCAACGUCCGGACGGCAUCCAAGUAUGACGACUGUUGCUUCCUCCACUUGCCCCAGCUCUGCAUGACCCUGGACCUGACCUGGCUCUGCCACGGGAACCCCCACGACCACCACGGCGUGGUCCUGCGGGCCCCGCAGUUCCUGCCCGAGGUGCCGGUGGGCCAGCAGUACGACUCCUACCGGGCCUUCCGCUCCGAGAACAUCAACCUCUCCAUCCGCAUGGACUUGACGUGGCCGAGUGGGGAACCAUCCCAACCUCGCAUCCUCCUCUACAGCAGCACCCUGCGCUGGAUGCAGAACUUCUGGGCCACCUGGACCAGCGUUACUCGCCCCAUCUGCCGCGGGAAGCUGUUCGGCAACCUGAAGCCCGUCAAGAAGAAGCUGGGCCAGCAUUACCGGCAGCUCUCCUUCACGGCCCUCUUCCCCAAGCUCCAGGUACACUAUUGGGCCUCCUUUGCUCAGCAACGUGGGAUUCAGCUAGAGUGUGGCCAAGGGCAUGUUUUCACCCGGGGCACGCAGCGCCUGAUCCCCCAGGCGGGCACGGUGAUGCGGCGCCUCAUCUCGGAGUGGAGCAUCACCCAGAUGGUCAGCGACCUCAGCCUGGUGACCGUCCACCUCAUGGCCUCCACCGGCGACGAGAACGCCGCUGACCCCCGCCUGGACGCCCUGGUCAAGAAGACCCACCUGCUCAGCCUCUCCUCCCUCACCUACCAGCGCCACAGCCUCCGCACGGCCGAGGAGGAGCUGUCCGUGCGCGAGGGCGACGGGGCCUUCCACACCCACCAGCUCCACCUCGUGGACCUGCGCGCCUCCUGGACGACCACCAACCGGGACAUCGCCUUCGGCCUCUACGACGGGUAUAAGAAGGCGGCCGUCCUCAAGCGCAACCUCUCCACCGAGGCCCUGAAGGGGCUCAAGAUCGAGGCCCAGCUGCCGGCCAAGAAGCUCAAGAGGGGGCCUUCCACCUACCAGCCGCCCCUCCGGAAGAUUGUCCCUGCUGGGGGCGGCCGGACGGAGCGCAGCCCCUCCGGAGGUGAGGCGGAAAGGAGGGUGGUCUUCACGGAAGAGGAGGACGGGGUGAGCGAGCAGCUGUGCGGGAUCGCCGCCUGCCAGACCGACGACAUCUACAACCGCAACUGCCUGGUCGAGCUGGUCAACUGCCAGAUGGUGCUCCGCGGGGCCGAGACGGAGGGCUGCGUGAUCGUCUCGGCCGCCAAGGCCCAGCUGCUCCAGUGCCAGCACCACCCGGCCUGGUACGGGGACACCCUCAAGCAGAAGACCUCCUGGACCUGCCUGCUCGACGGGAUGCAGUACUUUGCCACCACCGAGAGCAGCCCCUCCGAGCAGUUUUCCCCCGCCCUCCGACUCCGUUUCCAGGUCAAGAACAUCGAGGAGCAUCGCCAGCGCAGCCUGGACUCCGUGCAGGAGCUGAUGGAGAGCGGGCAGGCGGUGGGCGGGAUGGUUAGCACCACCACAGACUGGAACCAGCCCCAUGAGGUCCGGCCCACCCAGCAGGUCCAGCGCAUCAUCUCGCGCUGCAGCUGCCGCAUGUAUUACAUCAGCUACAGCCAUGACAUCGACCCCGAGCUGGCCACCCAGAUCAAGCCCCCCGAGCUGCCCGCCCAGCCGGAGAAGGAGGACCUGCUGAAGAAGCAGGAAGGAGCUGUGGACACUUUCACCCUGAUUCACCACGACCUGGAGAUCUCCACCAAUCCAGCCCAGUACGCCAUGAUCCUGGACAUCGUCAACAACCUCCUCCUCCACGUGGAGCCCAAGCGCAAGGAGCACAGCGAGAAGAAGCAGCGCGUCCGCUUCCAGCUGGAGAUCUCCAGCAACCCCGAGGAGCAGCGGAGCAGCAUCCUGCACCUCCAGGAGGCCGUCCGCCAGCACGUGGCCCAGAUCCGGCUCCUGGAGAAGCAGAUGUACACGGUCCUGAAGUCCCUGCAGGAUGAUGGCCGGAACGAGGGCCUGCUGGAUCACAACCAGAAGCUCCAGCAGCAACUGAGCCGGGAGAAAGCCGAGCUGCAGCAGGAGAGCGAGGAGCUGAAUAUUCUCAUCAGGUGCUUUAAGGACUUCCAGCUCCAGCGAGCCAACAAGAUGGAGCUGCGGAAGCAGCCGGAGGACGUGGGGGUGGCCCGGCGGACGGAGUUCUACUUCGCCCAGGCCCGCUGGCGCCUGACGGAGGAGGACGGGCAGCUGGGCAUCGCCGAGCUGGAACUGCAGCGCUUCCUCUACAGCAAGAUCAACAAGUCGGACGACACGGCCGAACACCUUCUGGAGCUGGGCUGGGUCACGAUGAACAACCUGCUCCCGAAUGCUGUCUACAAGGUGGUCCUCCGCCCGCAAAGCGCCUGCCAGUCCGGUCGCCAACUGGCCUUGAGGAUUUUCAGCAAAGUCCGGCCGCCGGUGGGGGGCAUUUCCAUCAAGGAGCAUUUUGAGGUCAACGUGGUGCCCCUCACCAUUCAGUUGACGCACCAGUUCUUCCACCGCAUGAUGGGUUUCUUCUUCCCCGGGCGCAACGUGGAAGAGGAGGAGGUGGGAGACGAAGAGGACAAGUCAAAGCUGGUGACGACGGGCAUGCCGGUGGUGAAGCCACGGCAGCUGAUGGUCUCCGACGACGCCCUGGGUCCGGGAAAAGGCAUGGCGCAGGGGCUGAACCGCACGUCCGGCGUCCGGCGGUCCUUCCGCAAAGCGCCCGAGUACCCCGUGGAUGACAUUGACAAAAUGAAAGAGCGGGCGGCCAUGAAUAACUCCUUCAUCUACAUCAAGAUCCCGCAGGUGCCCCUCUGCGUCAGCUACAAGGGGGAGAAGAACAGCGUGGACUGGGGAGAUCUCAACCUGGUGCUUCCGUGCCUUGAGUAUCACAACAACACGUGGACGUGGCUGGAUUUCGCCAUGGCGGUGAAACGGGAUAGUCGCAAGGCUUUGGUGGCCCAGGUCAUCAAGGAGAAACUGCGGCUCAAGCCGGCGGCCGGCGCCGAGUCCCGGGGCAAACCGGACAGUAAAUCCGAGGGCCACCUCCAGCAGCAGGAGGAAGACGAGAAGGCCCGCUUGCUGAUCGGCCUGAGCGUCGGCGACAAGAACCCCGGGAAAAAAUCCAUUUUUGGCCGGCGGAAGUGAGCGCGCCAGCUGCAAACCUGCCCCGCUGGUUGGGGAGGGCGCCCGUCGGCCCUGUGGCCGCUGCCCCCCCCGGAUGCGUCGGCGCUACGAGGGACCAAAACGUUCGGCCGGAGUCGGGAGGAGCGGAGGCGCUCGGCCAAGCCGGCCUCCCCGAGACGGCCGUGAACUGCGGGCUCCUGGCACCUUGCGGUCGAGCACGGUCCGGGGAGGCGGCGGGGGCCACGGUGGGCACUCGGAGGGACCGUGAUGGGAGACACCCCGCCCGCCGGCCGCCAACGGGGGGGGCGCGUUGUCUCGGCCCAGUCUAUGCAUUGUUUGUUGGGAAGUGGGGAGAAGGGUGGAAAAAAAGAGUUUAAAUAAGAGAGUUUAUCAUUUG